GAUGAUUGUGGUCGUGUCUCUGCAGGUCUUUGCGAUGGCCGUCCUGAACCUGUCCUUUGCUGCGUGUGGGUUCUUGGGGAUCUACCACCUGGGGGCCGUGGGGGCCUUUCUCCGUCACGGCGGCCGGCUGGUGGGGUCCCUCAGGGCGUGUGCGGGGGCUUCGGCCGGGGCGCUGGUGGCAGCCUUGAUGGUCACAGCGCCUGAUAAAUUAGAGCACUGUAAAGAUUUCACGUUCAGGUUUGCAGAGAGCGUGCGGCGUCAGAGGUUUGGAGCCGUCACCCCGGGAUACGACUUCAUGCUCACGCUGCGGGAGGGGAUUGAAGAGAUUCUGCCCGCCGACGCUCACAGCCUGGCCUCGGACCGCCUCCACGUCUCCAUCACACACUCCAAGAGCGGGAGGAACCACGUGGUGUCCAGGUUUACCUGCAGGGAGGAGCUCAUACAGGCUCUUCUGGCCAGCAGCUUUGUGCCCGUCUAUGCCGGACUCAGACCUGUGGAGUUCAAAGGAGAGAAAUGGAUCGAUGGAGGAUUCACCGACAGUCUGCCCAUCCUGCCCGUGGGACGAACCGUCACCGUGUCUCCUUUUGCUGGACUGCAGGAUGUGUGUCCUGUUCACAGGGGGCGCUACAACCAUCACCUCAGACUGGCCAACAUGAACGUAAUGUUCUCCAUGGAAAACAUCAAACGUCUGAACCAGGCUCUGUUCCCUCCGUCCAGCAGCGGCAUGACGUCUUACUACGAGGAAGGUUUCAGUGACGCUGUGAGGUUCAUGAAGAGAGAGGCCUGGAUGAGCUGACGCUGAGAGAAGACUUUUUAAAGACGUUUUAAGAGUUUUAUUCUGCCGCGUGAUUUGAAGUGUUCUUAAUAAAGUCAGAGUGGUCGAUGCAGCUUCACC